UCAUAUUUUUGUUCUCGGGUUGGAAAUCCACUAUGAGAUGAGAGAGGAAGAAUAACGCGCGGCUGUUUGAGGUGGACGCCGAAUCUGCGAGAGAAAUUUUGGGUAUCCGUUCAGCGGCAGUGCGCCGGUGGUGUGGCUACGGUUCAGUGGCUAAAUCGAUGUCGGUAACUGUUUUCCUUUGAGAUUUUUCAGUGCGUAUUUCAUAGUUUUGAAGGUUUAUAAUUGAUUGGGGGGUUUUUGUUUCCAUUAUAACUCUGUAUGAUUACACUAGAUAUCUUGGUGUUCUUACUCUCUAGAUUGAAUUCUGUUUUGGGCAUAUUAGAGUUUAGUUGUUUGCUCUCUAUUUGUGUAUGAACCCUAAUACAAUUCGUUGAAGUACACAAAAAUAUGCUUCAGCAUCAAAUUGUUCAAUCCCCAGCUAGAUUGGGGUUGACAAAUCCCAAUUCUCCCUCUAUUCAAAACCCUACUCCACCUAAAUUGCCCCCUUCUCAACAAUCCCAUCACCAAAAUCAAUCCAAUGUCUCUUCUUCCACCCCUUCCUCCACUCUCCUUCCCCUACUUCCUCCUCUUCCUCGAGCUCAAGCACUUCUCCUUCAAAUGGCUUCAUUAGCUUCCAAGCUCUUUGAAGUCUCCCCCAAUCGCUCCCUUUGGCUCACUGCAUUUCGAGGGUCUCUUCCCACUUUUCUUACUUCUCAAACCCAGUCCUCACCCUCUACCUUUCUUGAUUCUACUCCGUCCUCUUCGAAAGAAAUUUUGUCGCUCUUUAAUGUCCUGCAGACGCAGUUGUUUGAAGCUGUUGCCGAGCUUCAGGAGAUUCUUGAUCUUCAAGACUCUAAGCAGAAGAUUGCUUAUGAGAUACGAGCUAAAGAUGCUGCUCUUCGUGCUUUUGCUAAUAAGCUUAAGGAUGCUGAGCAGGUACUUGAUGUUUUGUUUGAUGAUUAUGCGGAUUAUCAGCGUCCUCGACGGGUUAAGACAGAGGGUGGUGCUGAAAAUGAAUCUUUGUGUUCGACCACAGUUGCAUCCCAGUUGAGAUUAUCUGAUAUAUUGUCGUAUGCUCAUAGGAUAAGCUAUACUACUUUUGCACCACCUGAAUUUGGUGCUGGACAAGCUCCAUUACGUGGAGCACUUCCCCCUGCUCCGCAAGACGAGCAAAUGCGUGCGUCUCAGUUGUAUAAUUUUGCAAACCUUGAUGUUGGUUUGCCUAAAGCAGUUGAAAGCACUGAGAAAACUAUUGAGCCGAUGAUUGAGCCUCCAGCUCCGGUGCGAGUAGAUGCUAAUCCUCUUUCUAAUAUGGCUGCUAUUCAGGGUCUGCUUCCUCCAAAUAUUACUGUCCCAUCUGGCUGGAAACCUGGAAUGCCUGUCGAGUUACCUGGAGAUUUACCAAUGCCCCCUCCUGGAUGGAAGCCUGGGGACCCUGUGCGAUUACCACCAAUGGACUCUCUUCCUGUUACUAGAGUUGAUGAGCCACAAUUGAGGCCUAAUGCUCUUCCAGGAUUGCAUAAACCUCCUGAGCCAAUUCAAGUUAGGCAUGUUCAAUUGGAUAUUCUUGAUCAAGAUGACGAUAGUAGUGAUUACACUAGCGAUGAAGGAAGCUCUGAAGAUGAUGAUUGAGUGGAACUUGGACUGAAUCAUCAACUAAUGUCAUAAAUGUCCCCUUGUUGACAAAAGAGAUGGGUGUAGAGACAAUCAAAAGGUUUGCCUAGAAGCAGCAACCCUUAAAGAGUGUAUACUAUAGUUUACUGAUGACUAUAUAUGCAUGGGGCUAAGCAGCAAUCUGCAGGGGGAAGAGUUGAAUAUCAGAUUCUGUAUGUUAUGGCUUAUACUUGUGAAAGAAAAAGAUUCUGAAAUGAAGAUUAUUGUUGUUGAAGCUUUUUCUCCUGGGUUGAAGAAUAUGAAGAUUUAGGAUGUUUUUUCUUUAAAAAAAGAUAUUGUUAUUUUCUAUUACAUCCUUGGGUAUUUUAGAAGAGGCUUAAGAUUCUGAAGUUUCGAAGUAGCUGGAAGGUGGGCAUUUGUGAAUCCUAAACUAUUAUGAGCUUCAUUUAUCAAAUGUGAGAUUGUUAUUUUUGUUGA